GCAGUCGAUGGCUCGAGCGCUGUUGAGAUGGGCUUCCUUCACUUCCCUCGAGACUUCCUCUCGUCUUCCUUUCGUCCAACUCCCGCGGACCCUUAACCCCCGCGCCACAAGCUUAGCCUUCUCCUACACCAACGCCGCCGCUUCUAACUACAUCCAUCUCUCCGACGAGCAGCUCAUGGCGCAGUGCGACAUGGAUACCUUCAAGGCCUCCGUCCCACCGGCAUCGUCGCCCAGGCUGUCGAGGAGCGAUCGCAGCACAAGAAUUGGGCGAUGACUCUGACCCGAUUGCGGACUUUGUUGGCUCUCGAAGGUACUGCACACAUCUGAUUUAUGAGAUACACAUUCUAGGCAGGACGGUGAUAGACCUGGAUGGAUACACAACUCCUUCAGAGCUUCUUCAGAUGCUACCUGCCAAGUCAACAAUUAGGGGUAAAGAUGUUGGUCCUCAGAUUGGUCCCAACAAUCCUAAAUUUGCUCUGGGAAUGAGGCCCCUCAGGUAAUGAAGUCUCUACAGCCUCAAACAAACCAUCAUUUCACCAGGUUCUACAUCACCCUCAUCUACCUUCUAUCUUGUCUGCUGAUCCAUGGUUUUUUGGUGGCUGCUCUGCCUCCCCUAUCGUGAAUCGAACGGAGGGUGGUGCUACAAGACUCCAAAUGCCAAUUGUCAUAUUUGUUUGUUGCAGAAGGAUUGACAUGCCAUUUUCUUCUAGGAAGUAAUAAACAACAGUAUGUUGGAUCCCGAAGUUACUCCAGUAGUGAGAUGCAAACUCCACAUGUGAGGUGGUAUUACUUUUGUUACCUUUAUUAUUAGCUGAACAUGUGAACUCAGGAGACGAGGCUGUUGUUCUUAACGGGCUCCAUGGCUUCAUCUACCUUAAUCCUCUCGACCUCAAAUCUUAAAGCGCAUCGGCAUGUACCUGAUUUGGUAAACCGGAUGGUCGACGAUGCAAGAUUGAUGCGCGACCGCAUCCGCGACCGCCCCUCCUCCACUUGACGGUUUACCGUUUCACGACCGUUCCUUCUCCUCGUCUCCAUCCCUCCCAUCUCGUCUCGUUCCUCAUCCGACGGCUCUCCGUCCCCCAUCAAUCCAUCAACGUCCCUCAAAAGUGACAUUCUAUCCCAGCUAUAAAUAAAUCGAUUUCCGUCCCUCGCCAUCUAUCCCUUUCUCGCCGAGAUGUCCGGAAUUCUCAUACGAGGGAAGCUGAGGGCGGUCGCUGCCUCCGCCACCCGCCACCACCACCAACGCCUCUGCCGCCAGAUCUGCUCCCGGCCUCCCUGCGAUCUCCUCGGCGGCGCCUCCCCCUCCCUCCGGCGGCAGGUGCGCCGCAGGUCGGGCGCCGGAGGAGGUACCGAUGCGACCCACCUUCGCCGGAUCCGGGCCGAGGCUAAUUGUCCUCGCUGCUCCAAGCACAUGGAGGUCCUCUUCGCCACUCAGCCUCCUUCGCCGUCGGCUGCCGCAACCGCAGCCGGAGGCGGCGACGUGCGCCGACGCGGCGGCGGGUACCAGGCUCUCAACCUCUGCCCUAGCUGCCGGUCCUCCUUCUACUUCCUGCCGAAUCGGCUCGUGCCGCUGCAAGGUAGCUUUGUCGAGAUAGGGAGAGUGACGGGGGUGGAGGAGGGCGAUCGCGAUCGAGAUGCUGCUGGCGGAGAGGUGCAGACUGGUGACCGGGUUAAAGCCUCGUUUUGGGAUAUGCUGCGGUCGAUGUACGGUGGGGAUCCUCCAGAGAAUUGGCCACCAAUGCCGGGCCUUCCAGUGCCGCCGUCGCCUCCGGGUGGGAAUGAACUAGCGGUCCACAAACCACCAGGACCGCCGUCCCAAGCUCAUCUGGAAUUAGCACGAGCAAAGAGGCAUGGAAGGAGUAGCAGAGGUGCAGGAUCUGCUGGUGGUGGUGGAGAAAGUAAGAAGGAGGCAUGGGGCGGGUCCAAUCUAGGGAAGGAUCUGCCGACUCCCAAGGAGAUAUGUAAGGCACUCGAUAAGUUUGUAAUUGGGCAGGACCGUGCCAAAAAGGUGCUAGCUGUGGCUGUCUACAACCACUAUAAAAGAAUCUCUCACUCAUCUACAAAGAAAGGUUCUGGGGUUGAUUCAGAUAAUGUUAAGGCAGAAAAAGAUGAAUAUGAUGAUGUUGAGCUAGAAAAAAGCAAUGUACUGUUGAUGGGCCCAACUGGCUCAGGGAAAACUUUACUAGCAAAAACAUUGGCCCGGUUUGUUAAUGUACCAUUUGUUAUUGCUGAUGCAACAACAUUAACACAGGCAGGUUAUGUUGGAGAAGACGUUGAAUCAAUAUUGUACAAGUUACUAGCGGCAGCAGAUUUUAAUGUGCAAGCAGCUCAACAAGGCAUUGUCUACAUUGAUGAAGUUGAUAAAAUUGCUAAAAAGGCUGAGAGUCUAAAUGUUAGCAGAGAUGUAUCUGGAGAAGGUGUUCAGCAGGCAUUACUGAAAAUGCUAGAAGGAACUAUGGUCAGUGUUCCUGAGAAAGGAGCUCGGAAGCAAUCUCGUGGUGAAACCAUACAGAUAAAUACUAAAGAUAUUCUUUUUAUAUGUGGUGGUGCUUUUGUUGAUUUGGAAAAGACUAUUUCAGAAAGACGACAAGAUUCAUCAAUAGGAUUUGGUGCACCUGUACGUGCAAACCUGAGAACUGGUGGGACCACCAAUUCUGCUGUAACAUCUACCUUGAUGGAAUCGGUUGAAAGUGGUGAUCUUGUAGCAUACGGUCUCAUCCCAGAAUUCAUUGGGCGCUUUCCAGUUCUGGUUAGUUUGUCAUCUCUAAAUGAAGAUCAACUUGUUCAGGUCCUAACAGAGCCAAAGAAUGCCCUUGGAAAACAAUACAAGAAAACAUUUAGUCUGAACGACGUAAAGCUGCAUUUUACUGACGCUGCUCUUAGGCUGAUUGCAAGAAAAGCAAUGGUUAAAAAUACAGGUGCUCGAGGUUUAAGAGCUAUUCUAGAAAGUACUCUUACUGAAGCAAUGUAUGAGAUUCCAGAUGUGAAGACUGGAAAUGAUCGAGUAGAUGCAAUUGUCGUGGAUGAAGAUGCCAUUGGCUCCCUUGACAAAUCAGGGUGUGGAGCUAAAAUUCUUCGAGGAAAUGGUGCGUUGGAGGGGUACCUCGCCAGAAACAAGGAAAACAAUGGUCAGUCGGAGAAUGAAGUGGAAGGAGAAUCUGAGCUUUCAUCCGUAGUUGUCAGCUUAUAGUUUCUUCCUGACCGGCUAAUACUAAUUGGUUAAAACAAACACACCACUGCAGCUGAAAAUAUUCUUCUAAAGCAGAUUUGCUAAGAAAUCGAAAUCAUAGUUCUUAACCUGCCAAGUCUUUUUUGCUGUCAGCAGGCAUAAUAGGAUAAUCACUCAUUAAGGCCACGAGAUGGAGAGUCCCAGCUAGCAAACCGAUGUGUUAGUAUCUCAAUUCUUUUUACUAUCUUAUCUGUAUUGUAAUUUAUCAUUGUUGUAAGCAAGCAUGGCUUUUUCCAUUGAAAAUUGCCUCCUUCUAACCUUACGAUGCAUGUAUUAUUUACUACGCCAUUUUUUUC